AUGAGUCAUCACUUUUCUGAAGUGGAUAUUAUUUGUAUUUUUAAUUCUUUUUUCAACCCUUCCACUUCUUGUUCUCGCUUUGAUUUUUUUGCCUUUCCUUUUUUCCCCCUUUACACUUCUUCUUUUUCCCCCCCAAAAAUCUGUUUUCCUUUCUUUCCUUCACUUCUCUUGCUCACAUCCUCUUCCUGCCAACUGUCUUCCUAUUAUUUUACUUUCUUGACUGUUUUUGCCUGUUUUCAUCCUUGCUUCUUGCAUACCCACUUUUCUUUCUUCUUCAUCUCUACUCUUUGUAUAAUCUCACCUUUUUUUUCCAUUCGUCUCCCACUCAUUUUACCUUACACAUUUCCUAACCUUUUCUUUCUCUCUUAUGUUGUCUCUUCCUGCUCUUUUAAUUUCAUCCUCUCCUUCUAUCUCUCCAAUGUUGCCUCUUCCUUCUCUUACCCUUCUCUCGCUUUUUCUUCUUCUUCUUCUAUGUUGUUGCUUUCUACUUUGAUGCUCCUUCCUUUCCUUCUUCUUCUCUUAUGGAGCUUCUUCUUCUUCUUCUUCUAUUUCUUCUUCUAUGUUGCCUUUUUCUACUUUAAUGUGCCUUCUUUUCCUUCUUCUCCUAUGGUGGUGGUUGUUGUUGUUGUUAUUGUACUUCUUCUUCUUCUUCUUUUUUUCCUACUCCUCCUCUUUCAUUUCUAUUCCCUUUUGCUUGUCUCUAAUCAUCUCUUCUAUCAUCUACUCUUCCUUCUACUCUUUUUCAGCAUCUCUUUUUACCUCCUCAUCCUCCUUCUUCUACUCUUUCCUGCACCUUACCUUUCCUCUUCCUCUUCUUUUACUCUACCUCUUUUCAUUAUUGUGUUUUACUUUCUUCUGUUGUUUUGA